AAGGGGUUUUUUUCUUAUUUUUUUUUUUUUUUUUUUAAAUAAAUCAAAAUAAGAAAGCACUGUGAGACAGAAUCGAACAGGCUUCAUGGGGUUCCAGAGUUGGAGAGCUGAGGCUCUGUGGAAGGUUCUGCUGCAGUUUGGGGUUUUAAGCUUGUACUGCUGGGAUAUAGGAGGAGCUGUUGCCCUCUCUCCAACUCCAGCAUCCCAAAUUCAGCACAAACCAGUCUACAGUUUCGGCAGGAGCUUCCUGGGACUGGAUAAAUGUAAUGCCUGUAUCGGCACAUCCAUUUGCAAGAAAUUCUUCAAGGAAGAAAUAAGGUUUCACAACUGGUUGUCUCCACGUCUGAAGCUGCCCCUCAGCUACAAGAAGAGCUACCCUGGGAACUACACUGACGAUUCAGAGAAUUGGAGACCAGUUGUCGUUUCUCGCUUGCUCACAAAAUACAAGCAUGACGUGUCGGACACGAAUAUCUGCACCUCUGCAGCGAAGGGGGUGACCUGCAGCAUUGAGAACGUGCUGAGAAGCACCAGACGCUUUCAAAAGUGGACAAGCUCAAACUUGCUCACUCCCGACCUGGUGCAGGGGUUAUCCAGUCCCAUGCUGCGAUGCCCGUCUCAGAGGCUUCUGGAUCGCAUAGUGCGCCGUUACGCUGAGGUGCUGGAUGCAGGAAGCAUUCUAAUGAAACACUUCACAGACCGCGAUAAACUGAGACUGCUUUACACACUCGCUGUCAAUCAACAUCCUAUAAUGCUACAGAUUUUCCCUGGAACAGAAGGAUGGCCCUUUGUAAGAUACUACGGGUCUUGUGGGAGAAUGAUGGUAUCUGCGAGCACCAAUCCCAUCAGGCAGUUCUACGGCUCCUCCCCCGAGACCACAUCAGACCUAGCGUACCAGCUCCUACAUGUCACCCAGUCUCUGAGAACAAACGGGCUCAACUACCAUCUCUACUACACCGGGGUCAGAGACGACAUGUUUGGCAUGUUCGAGGAUGGGCGGCUGUUCAUCACAGAUGCCAGCACCAUAGGAGUCAUCGAUAAGCAGGAAGGUCUUCAUCAGUCCAAUGACAGGCUACAGGAUUACAGGGAUGUCUUCUCUUGUUUGAGUUUGAACUGCAAGAGCUCUCCACCUUGCCAGACUGUAAGAGAGUCACAAAGCCUGCUCUUAAUCUGCAGGGAUAUUCUUCCAAAACUGUUGCAGCCCAGCCAAAAUCAAAACAAGCACCUGCAAAAUGAAAUGGACAGACUAAUAAGUCUUUGUGGAAACAGUAUGCUCCCUGACAGCAGUAUUAUAAAUGCAGCAAAUGCACUGAUGGCCCUGCUCCAACCACUGCGCCCUUGCAGUCCGCACUUUGCUUACAGAUACCCAGAAUGUAAAUAUAACAAUGCAUUUUGACUUGGACGGCAACCUUCAAGCAGGGAAGUGAAGGCACGUGUACUGUUCAUGUACUGUAUCACAUGCAACAAUUUAUUAAACAUAACUCUACUAUCCUUGUAAUAUAUUCAACUUGUUUUUUGCAAUUAAUGUUCCAGAUAGAGAACAGUGCAAAAAUUGUAUAAAUGGGCCACUGACAAUCUAUGCACAUGAAAUACAUGCCGUUAAAGUAUUUGAAAAAGUUAACAGUUAAUGCUUGCUGCUUUGACUUUUGCUUUCCUUCCAUUUUACUUCUAGACAUUCUAUCUGAAUGUCGUGCCUUGAAAAGGAGCUUCCUGAUUAGUGGAUGAAAGUUCAGAGGUUUCUAAAUUUAUAAUUUUGCUAAUUGAUGGUUAAAGUUCUCUUGAUUACUAAAAUCCUUCUGGGAAGUUUUGGAAGUACUAACGAAAAUUCUGUUCUCCAUAAGGAUUCAGAUCUGGUGAUUCCGUAGACCAGGAGAGUUGAAGAAAGGACUAUAUAUUUCGUAUUCUUCAUUCAGUUAAUGAUCGAACAAUAACGCAAUUGAAAAAUAGAACCCAGUCCAUGCCUGGUUGAGAACCUUGUAAUCGCUUCAAUUAGACUUUAAAAGAAAAACAUAAAAUUCAGACAUAGAAGUCAAUCAUGGGGUUUCCAUGCGGGUUAAUUUACACGUGAAAUGGCGAUGCGUGUGCACGUUUGGGAGAAUUACUCGUGUAAAUCAAGUUUGUGGCUGAAAAAAACGGCCAAAGAGAGGUCUAAGGUAAAUCUCGUUUACUCGUGUAAAUGACGAAAAACAUGGGGAAAUAAACGCCCAGUUUCGCAUGGAAACCCGCAGCUUGUUUACUCUUAAGUGACAUCACUAUAAUUAUUGCAAGGGAGCAGGUCAGUUGUUACUUUGGAUUCCAAGACAGCAGAAAGUAAGUGGCUGAUGGGCGGAUUUAUGGUUAGCAGUGUUGUAGUUCACCUUAAUGAUAAUGCGGGCGGCUUUUUUAUUAUUGUUUUUUGCUGUGUCAUGUUGUAUAUCUCUUGUGGGUUUACAGUUCUGUAUAAAACCACUUACCAUGAACUGUUAUAUGCCCUUGUUCUAGUAUUAAAUCAGCUGUUUGAGAAUACCCUUGCUGUAAAAACUAUGCUAAAGUUAAACACGAAGAGCAAGUGGGCUGCUUACUACAUGUCUGUAACUGAAUUCCCUUGUGUUUGAUCCCAGCUAUGUCCAAAGACAACGCGUGUCCGCCCUCCACUCAAAUCGCUGGAGCGAGGAGGAAACCCGGGCAUUAAUAAGUAUAGUUAGUGACUUGGAUGUGUUGAGCCAGCUUGAUCGCCCGGAACAGCGCAACAAGCAUGUGUACAAACAAGGGUUGAUGCCCUCUCAGAAAGAGGAAUAGAGCACACAGUCUAGGGUCACAUUUAAAAAAUUGAAACUGUCCUACCUGCAAGAACGAGCAAGGAGGUGCCAUUCGGGAGAAGCAGGACUGUCCCGCAGAGCAAUGCUUUUUGCUUCAGUUACAUCAGGCAUAGUUACGUACGUGUUGCAGUGCCUCUGAACAAGGAAGUUGACAAACUUGUAAAUACAGCGAUGAACUGUGGUUUUAUGCACCCCAAACACAUUGCCAAUUACCCUGUACUCAGCUGAGGAUGCCAGCCUAUACAGAGCAAUCUUUUUUUUCACUGGCACAGGAGGCCAUAUGCAAUUCUUUUUUGGCUGCAUAUCUUCCUUCACCAAUUCCACUAUAAUGCUUAGGUCGGCCAGUGUCCUCGGCUCACCGCGCACCAGUGACCCCUGUAGUCUGGCCAGGUGCCUGCGGGCUUGCCUGUAAGCUGCCCAGAGCUGUGUUGUCCUCAGACGCUGUAGCUCUGAGGUGGCUGCACGGUGAGUCUGCAGUGUGAAAAAAAAAAAACAGUCGGCUGAUGUCACACGCUUUAGAGGACAGCGUGUGUUCAUCGUCGCUGCUCCAGAGUCAGCGUGGGGGUGGUAGCGGUGAGCUGAGCCCAAAAAUUAUUGGAUAUGCCAAAUUGGGAGAAAAUAAUCUAGUAAUUGGAGAUUGCUAAAUUAAAAAAGCACAUCAUUAUAAAACACAUUAUUAACCAACCAGGCAUGGGGUAUUUUGCUUUAUUAUAGCAGCUUAGAUUCAUUCGUGUAGCAGUUCUCUGCGCAUGGAAACCACAUUUUCACAAAAUUUCACUAGUAAUCUUCAAACAUAGCACGAGUACUUUAUGCAUAGCUAAUUUACAUAUCAACCCCCACCUUUCCGAUUCAUUUGCAUGAUGUCGGGUGAAAAGCCCGGUUUACUCAAGUAAAAUAAACUGAGCGAAUAGAAACCCAAAAAAGCAUUUCACACAAGACAAUUUCUGGAGCUAAAAAAAAAAAUCCACCUCAGACUGUUAUCUCAAUUACCUGUGUGAAUCUUGCUUUUCAAUCACCAACAAUAAAGAGAUGAAAAAAACUGGGCUCAUCUUUUCAGUAAGCCAUGAUGAUAAUCAGA